AUGCCACCAAAGCUCACAAAGCGAAGCAAGACAUCCCGCGUGAGUGGAAUGAAAGCGCCAUCGUACGCUGGUGUCCCCCCACUGGGCUCCCCCCCCACCGCUCCUCGUCUGAUCGCCGCUGACCACCUUCUCCAGUUCCCAGUUGCGCGGAUAAAGAAGAUUAUGCAGAUGGACGAGGAAGUCGGCAAGCUUGCCUCUGCUACGCCUGUCAUGAUCUCCAAGUCGCUCGAGUGCUUCCUGCAGCUCUUGAUAGACGAGACGGCCAAGGAGACGAGGGAACGCGGUUCGCGCAAGAUGGUCCCUUACCACCUCAAGGCGAUGAUCGACAAGAGCGACCAGUUCGACUUUCUCCGCGAGCUCGUCGAGGGCAUCCCCGACCCGCAGGAGGGUAAAGGCGGCGGCGCGGCGUCCAAGCGCAAGGCGUCGACGGCCGACGGCUCGGCGCCCACGCCACGACGCAAGUCUGCCGCGCAGGUCAAGCUCGAGGACGCAAAGAAGGAAGAGGUCCCUGCUCCGGGCACGUUGCCAGCGAUCGGCACAUGGAAGCGCGAGGCUGAGGGCGGCGGCGGCUCGGGCGAGGGCGGCAAGGGCAUGUUCGACGACUACGAGGAUGACAACUACGACGACUACUAG